AUGAAACAGGUACUAAACUAAAUUAGGUCAAAAUCAGUUUACCGUUUAUGUUUGUUCUAGGCGGAUUAUGACCGUCAGUACGGGUAUAACCGACCAAAAAAUAAGAGUUGGAUAAACAAAAAAGUGGAGUCGUUCGGAGCUGUUCUCACCAAGACAGGAAGAAACAAGGCGAUUCUCCGUAGACUGCCAAUUAUCACUUGGCUUUUCAAGUAGUUCACGCGCGUGUUUGUACCUCUACCAUAUCCUUUUUUGCAGCUACCAAAAAGGAAAUCUGCUGCAAGAUGUGAUUGCAGGCGUUACCACUGGAAUAUACAACGUUCCGCAAGGUUCUCACCUUAUAGCUUUCUCAGUCCUAACAUUAUUAUUUUCUCCAGCUAUGUCCUAUUCCACCCUUGCCGGCCUUCCUCCGGUUUACGGUCUUUAUGCAAGCUUCUUCCCACCACUUUUGUACGCCAUUUUCGGCUCUUCGAAGCACACCAGCAUCGGAGUUUUUGCGAUCACAUGCUUGAUGGUCAAUAAGUGCCUUCAAAGAAUGUUGAAAGUGGAACGCGACGCCGAAUUGGAGCACAGCCAUAGUAACCAAGAAAUUGAAAUCUGUACCCGGUCAAAUAAUUUUCAGAGUUCUCCGGACUAACUCUUAUCGAAAUUGCAACCAGUUUGUGCCUACUCACAGGAAUCGUUCAGGUAUUUGGAUUUGAGUUUCAUUAUCAGUAGGAUGAGUCAUUUUUCAGGCCAUUAUGGCUUUAUCCAGAUGUGACAAAAUGAUGAAAUUCCUCUCCGCACCGGCGAUCUCUGCGUGAGUCAUCUUCUUCAAAGCUGAGACAUGAGCAAAGUUAUAUUGUAGAAUCACAUUUUCCGCUUGUUUUUUCGGUGUCAUUUCCCAGAUUCCGAAACUUUGUGGGUUUUCAGUUCCGGCUAGAAAUGAACGUUGGUUCAACUUGUUCUAUGUAAGUGUAAAUUUGUCAUAACCACACAUGUCACGUUGUUUUCAGUCUAUUUACGAUCUGUUUGUGAACUGUCACAAGUCAAACCUGGUCACUAUCGCUAUCUCUGCUUGUGCACUAUUCAUUUUGAUCGGAUCAAAAGUGUUCAUUGACCCGAAACUCAAAAAACAUCCGACGUAUAAGCAGAUUCCGUUCCCAAAAGAGCUUAUUACGGUAGGAUUAUGACGUUAGCCAAACGUUUAACGGAUUGUUUGAGAUAAUCGCCGCUACCUCGUUUUCAUACUUUUUGAACUUGGAAAAGAACUAUGGCGUUAAAAUCAUACACGAGAUUCCGAGAGGGUAAAAAUGACCGGAAAGGCAUAGUUUUCUAAUUAUCUUGUUCAGAUUUCCGGAUCCAGCUUUUCCACGAGUUGAUAUUUGGCCCUACAUAAUCCAGGAUGCCGUCUCGAUUGGUAUUUUUCCUGAAACUACAGACUGAUAAUCGAAAAUUUUGCAGCUGUGGUGGCGUACGCUGUUGCCAUCUCUAUGGGCCAAAUGUUCUCGAGAAUCCACAACUAUCGAAUCGAUUCCAACCAGGUUAAUAUUUUUGUAAAGAACUAUUGAAAUCUGAGAGCUUGCUAAGGAACUCCUCGCUCUGGGCCUCAUCAACAUCUUCUCGUCUUUUUUCGCCACUUUUCCAACAUCUGCGUCGCUUUCAAGGACUUUGGUUAACGAGGAAGCUGGUGCCAAGACACAGGUACGUUCAAGGUGACAUGUUCGGGAACUCAUUGCAUGUUUCCCAGCUAUCGGGGAUCGUCAGUUGCCUCGUCAUCCUUUCCGUCAUUACUAUUAUCGGCCCACUUUUGGCGUGUCUUCCAAGCUGUGUGCUUGCUGCAAUAGUCCUUGUGGUUGUGAACAAGCUUUUGAUGAACGUGACGAAACUUCCGAAACUUUGGAAAUGCUCGAAACACGAUUUUGUGAGUGAUACUAUCAAGUCUUAUCCAAAAAUUCAAAACAAUUUCCUUUGCAGUGGGUGUGGAUAUUUACGGCUGCAGUCACGUUGUGUUCCGAUAUCGCCGAAGGGGUGGCUGCUGGCAUUUUCUCCGCGAUUCUCACGAUAGCCAUCCAAUCUCAACAGUUCGUUCAUCAAUUUGUCAAUUUGGCCAAUUAUCAUUCAUCACAACAUUCAGGCCGACAAUAAAACAACUGGGACAAAUCAGACCAAAUGAUUUCCGACCACUCAGUCAUUACGGAUCAGCCAAGGUGAACCGAAGGCCAGCGCUAACUUGUCGCUAACACUCGAUUCGUUUUGCAGGAGACGUCGUUCCGCAUUAUUCGCUUUGACGCGCCAUUGAUAUUCGCAAAUGUGGACAAGUUUGAAGACAACUUGCGCGAUGCAACUGCUGAAACGGAAAAGAAGCGAAGUGCAAGUGUGGUGUCCCAGGAGGACCCCGACUGGACGGCGAUUAUUCUCGAUUGCCACACUUGGACGUAUACGGACUCGAUGGGGAUAGAGAAAGUUAAGACGAUUGAUGGGUGCCUCAAGCAAUCGAACAUUCUACUUCUUUUUGCGAAUCUCAAGUGUGAGCCUCUAAAAACACACGCAAAACCGCCAAUCAUCAUGUGCUUUGUAGCUUCUCUGCGCCGUCAAUAUGAGGAUGCGGGCUUGCUUGAGCAAAUCUCUCAGCGUCAGAUGUAUCCAUCAAUCCAAGACGCGUUGGACGCCGCCCACGAGUUGCUCGCUAAUCAAAAAUCAUUUUUCGAUGUCGAGAUUCAGGAGAAGCCCGUUGAGAAAUUUUGA